AUGGAAUCCCUCGCCGGACAAGGCUCAAUGAUCAUCAUGGGCAAAGGUCGCCACAUGUUCAACUCCCGUCAAGGCGACGGCCACUACCGCAUCGACGUCGGCAUUGACGGGCCCGAAGACUUUGCCAGCAGUGGGAUAGUAGCUUCAUCAGAUCAUGACGCCGUCAAGAAAUACCUCCUCCAAGAUGACUCGUUUGGAUCAUUAUCUACAGCACCAAUAUCUGGGUGUCUAUUCCGUGGAAUCGGCAGAAUUAUUGCAAUGCUACGUCAUUCGUACCCAGUUACUCGGCGGUACCAAUAUUACAUCCAUGUAUUGUUAUACAAGGCAUAA